UGUAGCUGUCAAGCGGACAGCCACUCGCGGAGGACGUGCAAAGGAGCUCCUCAUGAGACGCGUGGAUCAUUUUGGAUCUUUCAUUCACUUUUCCAGAGACGUUCAUUCACACUAAGAAUUAUAGCAAAACUUUACGGGGGAAGUUUGGAGAUAGUCGCUGUGGUGCGUUCAUGCCGCUUCUAUUUUGAAUCGACUAUUGGACCACGAGGUUAGGAAACAUGUUGAGCCAGUGCGCCGUGGUCCUGCUGCUGUUGGUGGUCCGAGCGCUUUCCUCCGCUGGUGCUCACGAGUGCACGCCGUGUAACCUGCGUGCUUGUCCGGUCAGAGCCGCUUCUGUCCGGGGUUGUGACGGCGGUCGCACGGUGGCUCGGGACCCAUGCGGAUGCUGUGACCUGUGCACGAGGCUGGAGUGGGAGCCCUGCGGGGGACAGGACUGGAGCGUGGGUUACUGCGGGCUGGGGCUGACCUGCGCCACGGUGAAUGGAACCGGACAAGCUGUCAUUCCCGAGAUUGGAGUUUGUAAAGUGCUCCCCGAUCACCCUGAGGCCGGCCUGGAAGAUGAGCGCUGCCCCCUGAUCACCGGCUGUGACCGCGUGGAGGGUCAGUGUGUGUGCGAUGCCAGACACUCCUGCCUGGGCUCCUUCACUUUCCCAGAUCAGGAGACCUGCACGAAGGCCAGCCAGUCAGAUGGCAGGAGACACGAGCACAGGGAGCGCCACAGGGACACCAAGUACGUGGGCCCUUCAAACCCGGCCUGUCUUUUCUCCGGCUGUAACCUGACCGCGGAAGGCUGUGUGUGCGAGUCUCAGAGCUGCCAUCACCACUUCACCUACAUCAACCGCAGCCAGUGCCAGGAAGCUGCAGAUGCCCUGAGGUGUUCGGAUGUGACCUGCCCCCCACUGGCAGCCUCCUCCUGCCCCUCAGACUCAGUGCUCACCCGGAGCUUCACGCCCCCUGCUGGCUGCUGUCCCUCCAUCGCUCCUCAGUGCACCUGUGACUUCAGCACCUGCCACAAGCCACUAUGUCCCACUGGCCAACGGGCAGAGAAAAUAAGCCAGGCCAGUGGACAGCCCGGAGACUGCUGUGAUGCCUACGAGUGUCAGAAAGUCACCCCAAAGUGCAUUCACAAUGGGAAGGAGUAUACGGAGGGGGACGUGUACCGGAUGGACCCCUGCUGGAUGUGUCAGUGUCGAGGAGGCAUCUCAUUCUGCUCCAAACCUGAAUGCGCCGAGCUGGCCUGUGAGAACUUCUAUAUUCCUCAGGGCGAGUGCUGCCCUGUCUGCAUAGAUGUGGAAUUGCUGUCCACGGAUAGCACCAUGGCGAGCUGCUGGGUGAAUAAUAAGCUGCGAACUCACGAGGAGAAGUGGAAAGAGGACGACUGCACUUUCUGCCAGUGUGUGGAUGGGGAGCCCCACUGCACUGCUAUGGCCUGCAAACAGAGCUGCCAGAACCCAGUCAAGAUCCCUGGAGAAUGCUGUCCAUUCUGUGAAGAGCCAUCCUAUGAGACUGUGAGUCCUCUGCUGUGUCCGCCCCUGGAGAACUGCACUCUAUCUGGUACUGAGUGUCCCUAUGGCUUCCUGACAGAUGAAAAUGGAUGUCUUCUUUGCCAGUGUCUCAGCAACGACUCCUGCCCUGCCAUAGCCACGUACUGCUCACUGCAAUGCCCCAUGGGAUACGAGAGGGACGACUUUGGCUGUGAGGUGUGCGAGUGCCACGUCCCUGUGCCCAAGUGCCGACCUCUGACCUGCACCAAGACCUGCCCCUAUGGAUAUGUGAGGAACAAGCACGGAUGUGAGAUGUGCCGAUGCGUCAAGUGUCCCCCGUUCACCUGUGAUAAGCACUGCCCUGAGGGGUACCGUCACAACAAGAAGGGCUGCUCCAUCUGCAUGUGCAAAGAAAGCGAGCAAGUUGCGGUCACCACAGCGACAGUACCUCUGCCCAGGUUCUGCCUCACAUCAAACGGACAUCGGUAUGAGGAGGGUGACAGCUGGCACGACGGCUGCAGAGACUGUUAUUGCGACUCGGGGCGAGAGAUGUGUGUGCUCAUCUCCUGCCCUGUGCCCAGCUGCCCCCACCCAGUGGUCAGGCCGGACCAGUGCUGCCCCACCUGUGAGGAUGAGUCAGGCAGUGGUCAGGCCGAGGGCAUGGACAUGGUGGUAUGCAGGGCGCCUGGAGGAGAGUUCUACGUGGAGGGGGAGACCUGGGACCUGGAUGAGUGCACGCGCUGCACCUGUCGACGGGGGAGAGUCCUGUGUGAUACGGAACAGUGUCCUCCAGCCCUGUGCCACUCGCCCAUCCGGAACAGGGACACCUGCUGCCACGUGUGCCCAGAGAGUCCACUGCUGCCAGUGAACAGGAGUCAGCAGGACUACUGCAUCACCUCUGAUGGAGACGUGCUUCUGUCUGGAGACUCGUGGAGAGCCAAUGCCUGCACCAGCUGCACCUGCAACAACGGCACUAUUGAGUGUUUCUCCCAGCGCUGUCCGGCCGCCAGCUGCAGAGUGCCCGUCCUGCGCAAGGGCCAGUGCUGCCCACACUGUCUGGAAAUGACCACCUCAGCUCCAGUGAUGCUGUCGACCAGUACUCCCAAGAAAGUUGUCACAGCUAUAGAGGACAGAAAGGUCUGGACUAGUACUGUCUCUGUACCUCCGCUCAUCAUUCAAACAGAUGAGCCUCGUUUGGGAGAGAACUUCCCUAGCCAAGCAGAGAUGGCCCUCAUCUACCAGUCUGCAGCCUGGAUUCUGGCCGGUCUCCUCCUGGCCAUCAUCAUCUUCAUCAUUGUGGCGUUGCUCAUCAACAGGAAGAAGAAGUGGGUGCAGAUGUCUUGUUACAGUGCACCAAAAAAGACUGUAAUACUGAAGAAACACGUCAACAAAAACUCUGUUGUCUACAUGGAGCCAUCGAAGGAGAGCAAAUUCCAAAACGUGAAGAAUGACUGUGGCCUGCUCCACUUCUCCCCUGACCUGAGCUCCUCGUGCGGGGAUAAGAUGACCAUCCCCAGAGCCAAGCUGAGCAUGGUCAACGACUGGACACGCUAG